UUGUGAAUUCGAAUUUGUAAUGGAACAGAGUUUUAUUGAUAACAAACCAACGAUUACAAUCAACGAAUAAAAAAACACUAAGCUAUACUUUACUGUGAAUCUACGACUUCCACCAUGGAUACAUGUAGUAAAACUUAGAAUGGAGUAAUGAAGGAGAAGAUAGAGUAGAAGAGAAAGAAGAAGGUUCUAGAAGAUUAGUCAAGGAGAAUUUUGAUCAAAUUCAUAACUGCCGAUCCCAAUUUCUGUUAAGGAUAUUUAUAAAAUUGGUUGAGUAGGUGUUGAGUUGGCUGCCCUAAAAUUGGGUUAAUUUCUAAAUGUUGUUUUAUUAUUAUCUCCACCGUUCCUUAUAAAAUAUUUGUUGACCCCAUUUCUCUUUUUCAGGAUUGUUCAAUUGGUGCAUGCAGACAUAACAAUUUUGGGUCAUUACACUUAUGCCGGGAUGGAUUUUAGGAUUAUUUUAUCAGCCGAGAAACAACUUGUUUAGUUCUGUAAAUAUCACUUUUGUAUCAAUAUGCAAUUUUGCUUAUUAAAAAUAAAAUAAAAUAAAGUUGGUAUAAUUUGAAUGCUGGAUCCAUGUGUUAUUACUUCUUUAAUAUAUUGUGGUGGUUAUAGCUUCAUCCCUUGGUUUUGUAUGUUCUCAGACUAAAGCUGCCCCUGUUCUCAUAAACAAUGAUCCCAGUGGUGGUAUCUCUCUGCUGCAGUUUGCUUUCGAGGAAUUCCAGUUAUUGCUCUCUGAGAGAUGAAGCUGCUUGCGUUCUCAAAGACAAAGGUUUUGAGGCAUCACCAUUACUUAAAGAAUUUCUCGAUGGUGAUAUGUUAGAUCCUCAGUCAUUGAUUGUUCGUGGUUUUGCUAGCAGUCGGCCGCUGUCAUUGACCAAAGAACACAAAGAAAUGCUCUCGGACAUAUUGAGUCGUAUUGUAGAAGAUGUAUACUCUGUUUUGGUUUAUUGUCUGAACGAUAAAUAUCUGCUGCAGCUCCAGGUAGAGAGUGAUGUGUUGAUUACUAGCCUGUUUCUUUUUUUUUUUUUUUUUUAGUGUAUUGUGGUUGUUGCAUCGAGUUCACAGACGAAAGUUGCUCAUGAUUCUGGUAGCUACAGUGAUUCUGGUGUUUUGCCUGGUGGUGUCUCUAUGCGGCAGUUUGCAAUCAAAGAAUUCCAAAAAUUGCUCUCUAACAGUAUGACUGAAGCUUGCGCCAGCUUCUUUUCUGCUGAUUUUAUUUCAAUUUGCAUAGUUACGUAUUUGCAAACAAUUAUUGAAAGAAUGGAAUCCUUGUUUAGAAGAUAUAUCUUAUGCUUUAGUUCGUGGGCUAGUCAAACAGAGAAAGUGUUGUCUACAACUCCAGUUUGAAGCUUCUUGGGUUCUCACAUACAAGGGUUUUAAGGGCUUGCCAUUACUUCAAAAGUUUCUGGAUGAUGAUAUGCUGGAUCUUCGGUCGAUAGUUGCCCCUGUUUUACCUAUCAAUCUACAACAGCCAGUGACGAAAAAAUAUGAAGUGUUUUAUGAAAAAUUGAAUCGUAUUGUAGAAGAUAUGUACUCUGAUUUUGUUGAGCUUCUAGUGAGUAGAUUUUUGCUGAAACUCCAGCCUGACGCUGCUGGUAUUGCUAAAGAAAGUAUUCCAAUAUUCGAGCACCUGCCUGUUUCUUGUCAAAUAAUUCAAAAAAAUCUUCAGGAGGUUGAUCUGGUUGAUGUUCAAACAAUAGGUUUUCUUCUUGAGUCUGCUGAUAGCGAUAGACAACUUUUGGGAAUCAAACUACUCGAACAAUUGUUCUCUGAAGGUUUCGUUUCCGAAGUUAAGGGUAUUCUAAGAUCUUUUGUUGUUGAUGUUGUUCCUCCACUAGCACAUAUUACAUGGAAAAUGGAUUCACCAGAGGUCCAGUUUAAAGGUGCUUGGGCUCUCAUACACAUCAUAUCUUACUACUCGAUGAAACCUUUAUCGUUGAUUAAGUAUGGCUUGGUGGAACCUCUUUUAGAGCUUUUGGAAAUCGAUAGUGUUUGUGAGAAGGCUAUGGAGGAAUUGCAGAAAAUUGCUUUUAACCCUGUAAGUCGUGAUCAUGCUCUCAAGUGUGGGGCCUUGCUCGUUUUGCUGAAGAAGUUGAGCACUAGCAACGGUUCAAUACUGAGAAAACUCACGUUGACUAUAUUAAACUUUUGUGAAGGAUUUAUAAAACGUCCUUUUAGUCGGGUGAUGUCAGCAGUCAAACCUCUUUGGUGAUGAAGUGGUUCUAGAAAAUGCAUGCCGUGCGUUAUGUUUGAUUUCUGGUGUGGUAGAUUCAUCCGGCGGUGCAAGUGAAGUAAUGGGCGUAGCAGAUAUUGAAAAAAAAAAAAAAAAAAAGCCAGAGGGAGAUUAGUGAUGCCUUCUAUGCUGCUAAUGUUCUUCUGGUGCCAGUUAAGCUUCUCAAGUGAAGGGGAUGCUUAAGUUUCUCAUUUAACGUAUUUCUUCAUAUUUGAGUUACAAUUGAAUCUGAUAUUUACGUCAAUUAUGGUUUCAGCAAAUAUAGCUCUCAUUCAAUAAUCUCCACUGCCAUCCGUACAGUUGCAAAAAUUGUUGUAGAUGAUAAAAAAAAAAAAAAAGAUGAUUUACAUAGAUGAGGUAAGAAAGUUUUGCUCACCCUUGUGAAAUAGCGAUUGCCUUUGAUUGAUUUGCUGGAGGUGAUCAUUUAUUUUUCUUUCUUUGCUGUCCUGUUACACUACUAUAACAUUAUCCUUCCUUCGAUAUGCUAAAAUAGUUCCAUGCUUGAAAAUGAAUUAUUAUUUAUUUCAAUUGUGUAACUGAGACAUACAUGCAUAUUAUUGUUUGGCUAACGUAGUCAAAUAUAUCCGUAACCCAGGAUAAGAAAGAAUGCUUCCUUCAUUGCCUGUUGAGCUUGCUAGAUAGAAGACUAGAGGAAGAGAUAGUCUGCAUCAUUAUAGCAUGUAUUACUGGUGAGAGCACUCUAUGGGCAGAGGUAUGUCAUCAAUGGUUGGAAUUGUUAAGCAGUAGUAGGCUGUUUAUAGCCUUCUAUAGUUUUGUAUUUCUAUUUGGUGAUUAAUGGAAAUGUUAGUUAUGAAAAGUAUACUUCUUCAAAUACCUAAUUGCUUUUGGCCUGGGGUGUUUAUGUUUUUCUUUUCUUUGUAAACAAAUAUUGACGUAGUUCAUACAAUGUAAGACUGAAGAGUAGCCCCUCUAAUUGAUGAACUUCAUCUGAAGUGUGAUAUGAUGCGGAAAAAGUUGUUGAUUUAGGUAUAUGAGUUUUAUAAAACUAAAUUGGAGGUUUUACCUUAAUCAUGUAUCCUUGUGGUUCGCGUUUGAAUCUCAGGCUGUAUUUGCUGCUGGGUUAAUAGAACCUUUUUGCAAGUUGGUUGCAAUUAAAAAAAAUGGGUAUUGCUGCUGUUGCAAUUGCAAAUGCUAUUGAUGGUACUGCAUGAACAGAAAAAGUAUGUAACGUUUUUUCAUGGAUAAAUCAUCUCUGAUAUUUUUUUUGAUUGAACUCUUAGUGUUUUCUUUGUGCUUUUGGCUUUAGGUCCUUGGUGGGAUGCUGCAUAGAUGUUUUGUGUAAUUAUGUUGGCGAUCAGAACAAGUGGGCUGGCAUCGGUCUCAGACGAAUAGAGAAAAUAUUGAAGCUUGGGGAAGCAAAAAAGGCAAAUAAUGGUGGCUAUAAUGAUUAUGCUUAGCAGAUCAAAGAGGAUGUAAAGUUGGAAGAUUUUUGGACACCCAGAUUUAAGUCACAAGCUAAGGCAAUAUUGAUGACAUAUUGGCCAUCAGCGCAGUGGCCAAGAGUGUUAGCACCCACACCCCUUGAUCCAUUAGAUCAACUGUAAGAGGAUCCAUUCACAGAACUAACUCAGCUAGAUAGUCUUUAAACUAUGUGAUCAAGCAUAAUGUGUUGUAGGCUUAAGAGUUUAUUUAUUUGUAUUCCCUUAUGACUGCUCUUAAAAAUAGGUGUAUACUCGAGGCAUCUUAUCCUCUUUCCAUUUCUGUGUUGUUUUUUCCUGGUCUUGCUUUGGAUAUUAAAUUUUGGUCUAGUGGAGAAAGUGUAACUGG